AAUUAAUCCAAACAGAUAAACACAUUCACAUAAAUAGAUAAAAUGAAACGGAAUUAACGUUUCCGUUUCACCGCUUAAUCCCCAUCCACCUCCCACACAUCCCGUUUCUUGCCCUCCCCCUCAUUUACUCUUCAAAAUAUUUGAUUUAUCUUCCUCCCGCUCUCAUCAACUGCCUCACGCACUCUUUCUAUCAUCACUGAACUGGUUUUUCUCAUGUAAUCACCACACUUCGCUGCUAAUCUUGGAGCUACCCGACCAGGCUCGAUUAAGAAGAGAAAAUUGAAGAAACGGUCGAGUAUUUGGUGGAGAAGUAGCAUACCAGAAACAACUCUUUGGAAUUCUUUGGAUUAUCAGGAAUGGAGUUGUUUAAUCUGAACUAUCAUUAUGGAGGGCAUUUAAACAAAACAGCCCCAUCACAUUAUGUAGGAGGGGAGGAAACACUCGCAAUGAAUAUAGAUCCUGAUAAAUUGGAUUUUUGGUUGCUGUUCAGUUUGCCCAAAGAGAUGGGAAUUGAUGAUGAAAUUGAGGAUAUUUAUUACCUUGUUCCUGGGGAGUCGUUAAAUGCAGGCUUGCAUAAGCUUAGUGGUGAUAAAGAUGUGAUAGAAAUAGGCAGAUUGGGUAUGCAAGUAGGUGUGGUUGACUUAUAUGUUGUGCAUAAGGGUGAUGAAAAUCAAUACAAUACCUCAAUCGAAUACCCUGCCCAUUCCCCUUUCGCUGAAGGUAUAGAGGAGAACUCAGAAGAAGGAGAACAAAACUAUAGAUGGGAUGACGGCUUUGAAGAACCUGAGCAUCCAUAUUUAGAAGCACUGGAUGGAGGAAAAAGUGAUACGAGUGAUGAAGAAUGGACUGAAGCUAGAGAUAGAGUGGAGAAAUGGAAUAUGAAAACAACUGAAGAAGUGAAACAAGCUACUGUUCAAAUGGAAGAGGGCACAUCUGCCGGAGAACAAGAACAAUUGUUGAUAUUAGAUAAAGAAGUUGGUGGAUGUGUUUCAGAGUAUGAAGAUAGUGAUGGUGAAGUAGAUUCCCCAGGAGAUAGUGAAGAAG